GAACAUGGUGCGCUCAAAUUAGAGUAAAGUUAACUUGCAGCAUGCACGAAGGCAUUCCCUUCCUUUGAGUGUAAGAAUGCAACCCAGACCACCUGAUUCGUGGCCUCCACGUCCUCCUCCUGCUCACGGAAUUGCUGAGCCCGGCCUGUGGAGGCCUCCUCCUGCGCAGCAGUUCGAGAGAGAUCUCCGAGGUCACCAUCAGGAAAGAGAGGACUACGACGGCCAUUAUGCUCCUCACUCUCAGUACUACCAUCCGGAGAGACAGAGACGGCACUGCGAACCUGAAUCAUUCUGGUUCACCCAGCACCCCCCACUCCCCCCUCCCCUGCCCUCUUCUCACUCUUACCACCCUCCUCCUCCCCCGCCUCCUCCUCCUCCUGCCUGGGACCAGUGGCAGACACAGAGCUACUCUCAUUGGACUGGUCAACAACAGCUACCGUCUCUCACGUGUGCCUCUGUAACUGAGCCGCCAUCUCUCGUGUGUGGGUCUGCUACCGAGAGUGUGUCGGCUGUGGACUUGAUAAAAGGUUAUCGAACCGACGACGGAGAUGAAACUGGUACACCUGAGCUGUUCGAAGAGGAAUCAAACCCAGCAGAAGAGAGAGAGCAGAGUGCAGACUCCAAGCCUCCCCCUCCCAGGUUGGAUGGAGAGGAGAGAGACGGAAAGAGAGGGAGUAAAGUCACUGAUGUCACUGCUGAGAGAGGGAGAGAGGUGAGAGCAGCAGACGAGGAAAAGAAGGAGGAGAAAGAGGAAGAAGAGGAGGAAGAUGAGAAAUACGAAGACUCAUUUGUGGCGGAAGUUCGAAGGUUUGUCCAGAGAACUGCCGAGACGUUUGACCUGGUGACAAAGGAAGAGCUGGUCAGUGACAGAGGCCCCACGCUCCACAACUUCAGAUCAGAGGACUCAUUCAAAUAUGCAGAGCCUGAUGCAUUGGAGUAUCACAUGCAAGUCCCUAGGGUUAUGAGAAGACAGUCGUUCUUCAAGCUAGUUGAACCUGGUGAUGUCAUGCAAGGUCACGUGGUUGCCAAGCGAUACAGCAGUGGCCUCGCAGUCCAGAUUACAUCAUUUGUAAACAGCCACAAAUAUCGCGAGCUGUCAGACCUCGCGAUCAAGGGAGUUGUACUGUUUGAUAAUUUGACGGAGAAUCAGGACAAGUGUGAGGAGGUGAUGAGAGACAUGCAGCUGGGUGAUGUCGUUCAAGCUGUAGUGGUGACAGUGGACUUGGAAGAGGAGGCAUUGGUUCUGACAUUUCAGACCAGCGGCGACCUCUCUGGAGUUGAGCCUGCCUCUCUGGGGUACAGAGCUGGUAGAAGACCCGCCUCCCCACGACCCAGUGCCAUCAAAGACAGUGAGUUCCUGGAGGGGCUGGAAGGAGACCAGGGGUUCAUAAACCCAGAGGCUAGAAGCAACCUGUACCAGUCUCUCGGUCUGGCAGCUGCCACUUCUUUCAGACAUACCCUCUACAAAGACCUGCAGACAGCUGAUUAUGCUGAAGGAAAUUUUGCCGGGCCACUGAGGAAAGCCCAGAGAUUCAAGUGGUCAAUGAAAACGGUGGCUGUUGGUGUCGACCACUUCAAGUCAGGUAGGCACGAGCAGGCUCGCCAGAUUCUAAACCACGCCCUGGACAUCGACCCCUCCAACGUGGAGGGACUAGUGGCCAGAGGAGCACUCUCGGCCACGACUGGACUGUUCAAAGAUGGCAUCGCCGAUUUCCGCAAGGCACUCUCCCUGAAUGCCUCGCACAAGAACGCCCGCAACUACCUGCUGGAGACCCAGGUUGUCUACGGGAAGCGGUGAGUCUCACCUGACCCGUCAUGUGAUCUGUCAGGUGAUUGUCACGUGACUAGGCUGGAGGCGCAGGGGAGGGUGGAGGAGGCGAUGGAGAGUUACAGAGAGGCCUUGGAGUUGGAUCCCAGCGAGGAGACGGCCAAGGGAAGACUAGAGGCUCUUGUGGCUGCCAUGGAGAUAAAGGUGUGCUGGCUGCUGGCAGAGAAAGCACCUGCUAACCUCUUCCUCCUCUCUUCCUCUCUGCCUCCCUGCUUCACUGUUGGGCCGACUUCUGGACGGCUGCUCCUUUUCCUCACCUUCUUCCCGGGCUGUGUGAAAUGGGGUCUUUCUACAAUGGCUCUGGACUCAAUCUGCACCUCUCUCGUCUCUACACCCCGUAACGUGUGGCCUGUGUACUGACUGCGCUGCAAAUCACACUGCACCGUGCGUCCCUCUGGUGCCUCACUUGUAUCCCUCAAACACACAUACACACACACACACACUGCCUGAAAUCUUUCACUGCAUGUUCCUCAUGUCGACUCUCCUACCAUGCUCCUCAUGUCGACACACUCCUACCAUGCUCCUCAUGUCGACACUCUCCUACCAUGCUCCUCAUGUCGACACUCUCCUACCAUACAUUUGGUUUACACGAUUUAUGUUCUGUAUAAUAAUAUGUCUGUGUGGCACUACAUAUUGCCAAUGUACAUAUGGUGUGUGUCUAAAUGUAUGACACUCCUCCAUUGCCUGUGUAUGUGUGUGUGUGUGUGUGUGUGUUGCUGGGUCUUGGAGACUGCGAGACUGAAAGGAGAGAGCGAGACAAGAGGCGGAAGAACAGGAGAAACUGGCCAGGGUUCGUAAGGUCAUCGAGAAAGAGAAACGGAAGCAACUCAAGGAGAAGAAGAAAUCGAAACGAAAGAAACGUAGGAAAAGUGGCGAGAGCAAGAAAAGACGUAAGAAGACUUCAAAAAAGAAAGCGCACUACAGCAGUAGCUCUGAGGAAGACUCGGCUGAAAGUGAAACUGACAGUGAUGAAGGGCAGUAGGAGUAGAAGUAAGGCCAAGAGAGGCAGGCAGAGGAGGAAAAGAGAGCACAAGAAGUCAUCCCGUAGAAAAUCAGCCAGAGACUCCUCUCCUAGUGACUCGUAUGAUAGUGAAGAAACCACCACCUCCAGAAAGAGGUCAAAGUACAGCUCUGAAGAUGAGAAGCCAGCUGCUUCGAGAAAGUACAGCUCAGAAGACAGGUCGACUGAAGACGAGAGAGGGAGGGUGAAGAGGAGAGAGGGGGAUGAGGAGGAAAGGGAGAGAGGGAGGGUGAAGAGUAGAGAAAGGGGGGAGUCCUCAAUGAGAAGGAAAGCUGUUAGAAAGACAAGAUCACCAUCUCCACGGAGACGGCAUGACUCCACCUCUUCUUCCGAGUCCAAUUAGGUUAGGGAAACAACCGUUAGGGUUAUGAGAAACAAUGCUUAUGUAUGUGGACUGUGUUUCUAACUUUGCUCAGACACUGACACGAAACAAAAAUCGAACAAAAAGCAGA